AUGGCCAGCAAGAAAGAACCUCCUUUUUUCAAUGAAGAUAAUAUGGGACCAUUGCACUACAAGCUUCCUUUUUAUGAAACUAUGGAGCUCUUCAUUGAAACGCUGACAGGAACAUGCUUUGAACUGCGAGUUUCUGCCUUUGAAACAGUUAUUUCUGUGAAAGCUAAAGUUCAAAGACUCGAAGGUAUUCCUGUCUCUCAGCAGCACUUAAUUUGGAAUAACAUGGAGCUGAAGGAUGACUAUUGUUUGAAUGAUUAUAACAUUUCAGAAGGCUGCACUCUGAAGUUAGUUCUGGCUAUGCGAGGUGGACCUAUUAACACUAGAAGAGUUCCUGUGGAAGACCCUAUCAGGGAAAUGGCUGAAUACAUGGAUCCCAGUAGAGAUGAGAUCUGGGAGAAAGGGCCAUCCAACAAACAAGUUACCUUCUUAGUAUAUCGAGAAGGAGAUCAGUUGAAUUUCUUCCGUGUGGUAGAUCGAGGAGAUGGCACUUUAACGCCAUUAUCUCAAUCUUUGAGGUAAAUAGAUUGGCAGUGCAAAAUCCUGAGGAGGAGGGGUGAACACAAACUUCCUUUUAUUUUCAGCAGUGGUUCAGUUUAUAACUUAUAUGCUGAUGAUGAAGAUGAGACAGAGGCAUCACCUUCUGGACAACAGAUUAUUGAGAAUUCAAUUACUAUGAAUAAAAUGAAACUACUCAAGGCAAAGAUGGAGAACAUGAAUCUGAGUAAAAAGCCUAAGAAAACUGUCAAGGUGAAACCUCGUCCUCCAAUGGCUCCUCGACCAUCUAGUGGCUCAGUGGCUGCUGCUCGUCACCGCUUUUUAAGAGUUCUCCCCCCGAUCGGACAGUCCUGCCCUCCUCCUCCUUGGAAUUCAUAUCCCUUAGAGUCUUCCCAAAACGCACUUUCAGCAUUGGCUACUUUGGCCACUGCUGGUAGAACAAUGCCAUCCACAACUAAUGACUUUCUUAAGGAAGAUGACACUUGGCAGAGUAACUCUUGGUCUCAGCCAGUUAGUAGCAUCAGGUUACCACCGAAAAUAUCUCGUGUCGAGCUAGAAAGUGCAAAACUACCUACAAAUAGUAUUCUGACUCCUGUUUCAUCUCUGCCUGGAAAUUCAGAAAAAGUAUCUGAAAAUGUGACCUCAACAAGUGAGGAGGAUGCUAUUGUGUUUCCAAACCUAACAAAUGUAGAACUAUAUAAAACAGAAGAAAAACUGCUACCUGAAACGGAUGCUUUUGCUUUGUUAAAAGAAGCAAGCACCACUGAACAGUGUAGUGAGAUAUAUGAUGUAGGAAAGGUGAACCCAGAAUUUGAACUGUCUGAUGGAGAUGAUGAAUCUAAGGUUGUAGAGCAGCAUAGAAAACCUGUUAGUGAAGUACUGAGCACUGCAGCAAUGGGGACUGGUCUUCUCAGUACUCGUGAAUUAAGUCCGCAGAAAAAUCUGCUUUUGUCACCUCUUCGGUAUUCAGCACAAGUGGCACAUCACAGUUCUCUGAAACCACAAACACAGCCCAAAUGCUUUGAGGCUGGUAACUUCAGAUCUACAGCCUCCUCAAACGUGCUUCGAUCAUUGGAAGUCCGUAAUGUAGCAGACUCCUCUUUUUCUAGGACUACUAGAUUUCAUAAUGCGAAAGUAGAGUCACUUGGCAAAAGAGCUGAUGUAAUUUCUGAAGCAGAGGCUAGGGACAUCACAGAUGUGGCUAACAAGGCAUCCAAAGAACCUGUGAGUUCUGUAGGUAGCUUAGGAUUUCUGGCUUCACUGGCCCGAAGUGCAAACAGGGAAAGUUUACGGAGUUCCUGUGGGACAGCCAGGUUUCGGACUUCUGGUAUUGUACUACCUACAAACCUUCAGCAUUUUCAGGAAGAAAGCUUUAGGAAGACUGCUCCUCCAAAUGAAGCUGCUGAAUAUAUUCUAUCUGCGCAUGGGCUUGGAAUGAAUGGAAGUAUUGCAGCUGUAGGUAAAAGAGUAGGUGAAGGAACACAUCUUCCAUCUGUGAAUGGCUCAAUUCAAGCAAAAAAGAAAAUUACAAAGCAUUGCUUUCUUUGUGGCAAGAAAACUGGAUUGGCAACCGGCUAUGAGUGCAGAUGUGGAAACAACUUCUGUGCAACGCACCGCUAUGCAGAGACUCAUACCUGCACCUACGACUAUAAGAGUGCAGGGCGAAGGUAUUUGCAGGAGACCAAUCCCAUCGUUAGUGCACCAAAGCUUCCUAAAAUCUAACAUGGUUGUGCUGCAUGUGGCUGUUCUGCCAUUGAAGAGUUGUAUUACAUUGAGAGAAGCACUUGCUUAAACUGCAUAAUUUUGCCAUACUUCAUAUUUAAAGAUUUGCCAAGUAACAAAAGCACAUGAGGAUGCAUCCUAUUGAAGAAUAAUGUGAACACUAACUUUUCAUUCGCUACAGAAGAAAGUUUUAACUGCAGUAAAGAUUAGUUUUUAAAAAGUUACACCAUGAUUUGACUGUUUCUGCACGUCUUGUGUUGUGUUUUAUAUUUGGAAAAGCUAUUUCACUAGACAAGUCUUUAAAAGAUGCACUUUACUAACUUUAUUUACUGUAUAACCAGACUUGAGGGGUUGUUGUAAUGAGGGUGUCAUCUAAUGUCUUCUGUACUCUUGCAUAUUUUGUCCAUUGCGUGGUAUCUUCUAAGUUAUUUCACUAGAAGGAUUCUCCUCCCUCCCCUUUC